AUGCCCUACAGUUUUGGCAAAGCCAAACCAACCUUCACACAGGCCAAUGGCUUCGACACCGAUAUCCCAGGAAUCGACCAGCCCCUCUCCUACGAGCCAGAACUGUGUCACUGUCAGAUCUUUGAUGACGCGAUAAGGUCGAGAUGGAAGGCUGAGGCGUUAGCUGCGCCGGGGAGGGAUGUCACUGAGAGGAUGGCUGAAUGGUGUAUGGAAGAAUUGAAGUACAAGGCUACGCGCUUUGGGGGGAUGCCAGGUGGCGCGAUCAAGGUGUACAAUGGCGACGUGGUCAAAUCGGACACCGCCGUUCCGCACUCAAUCAAAGCUAAGCUGCAAGUUGCUGUGAGGCCUCUUGAAGAUGUUCCUUCAUGGGAGAAGGACUGGCAUCCUGGAUCGGACGAGAAAGUCCUCAACUUGGUUCACCCGCGUUUAUUUCCUGUUGUUUAUGGGCGGACGAGGGCUCUUGGGAAUGGAAAGGGGUUCGCGAUGUUGGAGAACUGCAUCGCAAGGUGCGGCGAGGGCGAUGUAUUGGAAGAGCAAGAGCUUUCGGGUGAUAGGUACAGCCUGGAUUACCAGUGGUUACCUUGCGAAGUGGACAUUUCCGGAGACGACGGGCGAUCCAGAAUCACAAGCUACAUUAACAACCUACACCCAGGGAAGGAUAAACACCUCUAUCCCAUUAUCGAAGAAAUCAUCACUGCCUCAAUUCCCCUUUGGAACAUCGCCCUCGCCCCCCUCCCCUACCUCUGGUAUGACGAACACCAGCCUCAAAACAUCGACGACUACGAUCCCAUCCCACCAGACGGACGUGAUGUUAUCUUCCGCAUUCCUUAUUACGAGGUGGUGUAUGAUCCCGACCCAGGAAACGCCCCAGAAACAGAAGGCCCACAACGUCUCGAAGGCGAGGAUGAUCCCUGGUCGCAAUCCUACUGGGAUAGGAGGCAACGCUGGAUCCAAACAACGAGAAAGAUAAUUGUGAAGUUGGCGAAUAUCGAACUAACGCCGGAAAAGCCUGAGUGUAGUGGCGGGAAAUGGCAUGUUGAAGGUCAACUCAUGCGUGUCCCCGUAUCGUUGAUUUUUUACGGUGUUCAACGUUUUCAGAACGAACAUAUUUGCGCCACAGCACUCUAUUACUACUCUUCAACCAACAUCCCCCCCUCGUCUCUCGCAUUUCGGCAACACACCAAUGGUUUAAUAUAUGGCCGGAUUGCCUCCCGCCAACAUCAACACGACUGGCUCUUCGAGGUAUUCGGGUGCCACCAGUGCGGAUCAAUGUUUCAAAAUGUCGGGGGUGUCGAUACGCGCGAAGGCCGCCUGUUGACGUUUCCCAAUAUCCUGCAGCACCAGGUUCAGCCGUUUGAGCUCGUGGAUCGGACAAAACCAGGGCACAGAAAGAUUCUGGCGCUAUUCUUGGUGGAUCCGAAUAUCAAGAUCAUCAGUUCCGCGAAUGUGCCGUGUCAGAGGAAGGAUUGGUGGCGGGAGGAGAUUGGGUCUGGGUUUGGGGCGUUACUUCCGAGGGAAGUGGGGGAUAUUGUGUUUGAGGGAGUGGAUGAGUUCCCGACAUCAGCAAAACCUGGAACUGGUGUUACGAAAAAAUAA